AUGAUGACCAGAGGUCUCAAGGUAGCUGCGUGCCAGAAGCCCCAGAUGAGGCCUGUGAUGAAGGAGGGAUCUAUGCAAGAGCGUGCCAGUCAGAGGGAGAAGUCCACCCUGCUAAGGAACAGACUUGAUCCUAAGAGCUCUCGCCAGCGUUUCCAGAACUUCCACUAUCCCGAAACAGCAGAGCCUCUCUAUGCUGCCAAUCUGCUACAGGAAUUUUGCCGGCAGUGGUUGAGGCCAGAGCGCAACUCAAAAGAGCAGAUCUUAGAACUGCUGGUGUUAGAACAGUUCCUGACCAUUUUGCCCAGUGCAAUCCAGACCCAGAUGCAAAAACAUCAUCCACGGAGCAUCAAGGAGGCCGUGGCCCUAGUCAGACGCUUUCAGGGAGAAGUUGAUCAAUCAAGGAAUGAGAGUUUGUUGACCUUUGAAGAUGUGACCCUGACUUUUUCUCAAGAAGAAUGGGAGUUACUGGAUCUCCAUCAGAAGGUCCUCUACAACGAUGUGAUGCAGGAGAACUAUGAAAAUGCCAUCUCGCUGGGGUUAAAGCUCAAAAAUGACACUGGAAAUGAUCAACCUGUAUCUCCUCAGUUAGAAUUACAAGCACCAAAAGGCAAAGUAUUACAAAAAGUCAAAGUAAAAGUUCUCAAGAAAACAGCUGGCAGAGAAAAUCAUGGUGACCAAAGGGUGAGGAAGCGAUAUCGGAAUUUUCCAGGAAGGAAGAGAAAGAAACAGUCAACAUGUAAGAGGGACUUGUCAAAAUGUUCCGCUCUUCCCAGGAAAUUCCACCCAGAGGAGAAGCCUUUUACAUGUCAACAGUGUGGGAAAAACUUCCGAAUGAACUUUGAACUUACUAGUCAUCAGAAAAUUCACAGUGAUGAGAAGCCCUAUAAAUGUCAACAAUGUGAUCGAAGUUUUAAGUGGAAUUCAGAUCUUAAUAAGCACCUGAUGAUACACCGAGGACUAAAACCCUACAAAUGUUCAUGGUGUGGAAAAAGCUUUAGUCUUAACACAAAUCUCCACACACAUCAAAGAAUACAUACAGGAGAAAAACCCUUCAAAUGUUAUGAUUGUGGAAAAAGAUUCAGUCAGAACUCUCAUCUUAUUAAGCACAAGAGAACCCACACAGGUGAGCAGCCCUAUUCAUGCAACAUAUGUAACAGAAACUUUAGCAGACGGUCAAGUCUACUCAGACACCAGAAACUUCACAACACAAAGGAAACUUGUCCCCUUCCCCCAGUCUGA